AUGGAGCCGGGGCUGCUGCGGCCGGCGCCAGUGAGCGAGGUCAUCGUCCUGCAUUACAACUACACGGGCAAGCUCCGCGGGGCGCGCUACCAGCCCGGCGCGGGUCUGCGUGCCGACGCCGCGGUGUGCCUGGCCGUGUGCGCCUUCAUCGUGCUGGAGAACCUGGCGGUGCUGCUAGUGCUGGGGCGCCACCCGCGCUUCCAGGCGCCCAUGUUCCUGCUCCUGGGGAGCCUCACCUUGUCCGAUCUUCUGGCUGGGGCUGCCUAUGCCACCAACAUCCUCCUCUCGGGGCCCCUCACGCUGCGAUUGUCGCCCGCGCUCUGGUUCGCCCGGGAAGGAGGCGUGUUCGUGGCCCUGGCCGCGUCGGUGCUGAGUCUCCUGGCGAUCGCCCUGGAGCGCCACCUCACCAUGGCGCGCCGUGGCCCGGCGCCCGCCGCCCGCAAAGGGCGCACGCUGGCGCUAGCCGCAGCCGCCUGGGGCGCGUCGCUGCUGCUGGGGCUGCUGCCCGCGCUCGGCUGGAACUGUCUGGGUCACCUGGAGGCCUGUUCCACCGUGCUGCCUCUCUACGCCAAGGCCUACAUCCUCUUCUGCGUGCUGGCCUUCCUGGUCAUCCUGGCGGCCAUCUGCGCGCUCUACACGCGCAUCUACUGCCGGGUGCGCGCCAACGCGCGGCGGCUGCGCACGGCGCGGCCCGGAGCCGCGCGGACCCCGGCGGCGCGCGCAGCCCGCGCGCCCCGCUCGCUGGCGCUGCUGCGCACGCUCAGCGCCGUGCUUCUGGCCUUCGCCGCCUGCUGGCUGCCGCUGUUCCUCCUGCUGCUGCUGGAUGUGGCUUGCCCGGCGCGCGCCUGUCCCGUGCUCCUGCAGGCGGACCCUUUCCUGGGCCUGGCCAUGGCCAAUUCGCUCCUCAACCCCAUCAUCUACACGCUCACCAACCGCGACUUCCGACGCGCGCUCCUGCGCCUGCUCUGCUGCGGGCGCCGCCCCUGCCACCACCACCCCGAGUCCCCCGGCAGCUCCCAGCAGCUGUCAGGCAGCGCCACCCGGGCAUCGGCUGGGCCUCGCCAUGGCCUGACCCCGGGCCUAGAUGGCAGCUUCAGCCGCAGCGAGCGAUCGUUGCCCCAGCGUGAUGGAUUGGACACCAGCGGCUCCACCACCAGCACCGGGAGUCCUCGGGAUAGGCACGGCCCCCCGGAUCCGGGUCUCUGAAUCAGCCACUGAUGGACGCCCACCCCAUCCCAUCCCCAAGACGUUUUAUUAUUAUUUUUAUGUGGUACCGAACCUAGGGCCUCAUGCGUGCUAGGCAAGCACUCUACCACUAAGCCACAUUCCCAGCCCCUAUGCCCAAGACUUUUUAC